GAUCACAAAGUAGGUCAAUCAGCUGAGGUGAACUUGAUGUGGCACAUGUUUUGUCCCAGUAAAGUUUACAGGUGUAGGAUGGCGUUAAAUCCAAAACUAAUAAGAAGCUGCCAGAAGAUAAAGAUCCCACAAGGUAUUUUGUCAAGACUCUGUACAUCCGGGACUGUGUUCCUGGGAGAUAAACGAGAACUCCACACGAAAGGACAUUGUAGGACUUCAUUAACAUCCAAGGAACACAGAUUUUUGAGGAAGACGGGUUCGAUCUGUGUCCCUGUGAAGGAGUAUUAUGGCGGCACCAAAUCCCAGGUUGUUUUUAAACAAAAGGAUGGAGAGAAUAUCGUCACGAGUCCUUAUGAGAAUCAGGAGCUUCCAAAUAUCUCUUUUACAGAAUUUGUUUUCUCACAGUUAGACGACCACAAGAGCCCGGUAUCCAUGGUUGAUUGUACAACCGGAAGGAAGCUAUCGGCUGCCCAGUUAAAGGACAUUUCUGUUCGCGUUGCAAGUGGACUGACGAAAUUGGGAUACAAAAAAGGAGAUAAGAUUCUAAUAUUUGCCAGAAAUUGUAUGGAGUACCCUUUAAUGUUCCUUGCCUGUGGCGCUACGGGGAUCGUACUGAGCACGGCCAACCCUGUGUAUACCCCAAGUGAACUUGCCCGUCAGUUAAAACAUUCUGGAUGCGUUGCUAUAGUAACGUUACCGACGAUGCUCGAGACUGUGCGGAAAGCUAUGGAGUCAGAUCCAGAGGUCAAACCAAACAUAAAGCAUGUGAUAUCAAUUGGGGAGAGCGAGGGGUGUGUCCCAUUUUCUCUACUGACAGAGGAUGAUGGGAAGGCAUUUCCCGACAAUAUUGACAUUGACCCAAUGACUGAUGUCCUGACCUUGCCCUACUCCAGUGGAACAACAGGGCUUCCAAAGGGAGUGGAACUCACUCAUCACAACUUAGUGUCUAAUCUCAUCCAAACCAUCAAAGGCCCGAUGAAGCUGGACCCUAGGACUGAAUGUCUGAUGGGUUUCCUCCCUUUUUACCACAUCUACGGAAUGGUCCCAGUCCAGUUUGGUGCCAUAUGCCUGGGAACUAAACUAGUCGUCAUGCCAAAGUUUGAACAAGAAGAAUUCCUCCGAGCCAUACAGGAGCAUAAGGUGUCAUACAUGCAUAUCGUCCCACCCACUGCCUUGUUUCUGGCCAAAAGCCCCCUGGUGGAUGAAUUUGAUGUCAGUAGUUUGAAGACUUUGGUGAGUGCCGCCGCGCCUCUAGGUGUAGGACUGACGGAGGAAACCAAGACCAGACUCAAGGUGGACAUCACACAAGCCUACGGUCUGACGGAGUGCAGUCCCUUGACUCACAGUGACAGCUAUCCUGGGAAGGAGGGAACUAUUGGACAACUUGUGCCAAACACGGAGGGGAAGGUAGUGGACAUUGCGACUGGUCAGUCUUUAUUGGAGGGACAAACCGGUGAGAUCUUGGUGAGAGGACCACAGGUGAUGAAAGGGUAUCUCAACAACCAGAAGGCUACAGACGAAAUGGUUGUGGAUGGCUGGUUACACUCAGGGGACAUCGGUCACUAUGACAACGAAGGAUACUUUAUUGUUUCCGACAGAAUGAAGGAGCUCAUCAAGUACAAAGGUUACCAGGUGGCACCAGCAGAGCUAGAAGCCCUUAUCUGUACCCACCCUAAGGUGGAGGACGUGGCGGUUAUUGGAGUUGAGACAGGAGAGGGUCAAGGGGAGGUCCCUAGGGCGUUUGUUGUUCCAAAGUCCAACUGUCGGCUCACAGAAGAUGAUGUGUCAACGUUUGUACAAGAGCAUCUGUCACCCUACAAGUGGUUAAGAGGAGGCGUGGAAUUGACUGACUCCAUUCCAAAAACAGCCAGUGGGAAAAUUCUUAGACGACAACUAAGAAAAUAGUGAACAUUUUGAAAUAUGAACUCAAUUCUAGUCGUUUACAUGCUACAUAUCUUACAUAUGUUGCCUUUGCAAGAGUCCCAUGAACUGUGAAUUUGCUUCAGUUUUAAUUAAUUAGUUAAAGAAAAAAUAAUUUGCAUAUCAGAUUUUAGAUGGAUGUAUCCGGAAGGCAGAUUACUCAGUUGUGAUACUAUACGCAUUAGAAUACGGCAUUUAAAUAUAAUUUUAAUUCUUUUGAGAAGAGCUUUUUAAUUUUACAGCAUGACAUGUUGACAAGUGGAUGAUGCAAGCUUUUUUGGACCAUGAUUAUAUAUAUCUGAUAGAAUGGCCUGUUUCGUUGUUAAAUUCAGUCUGUGGGCAGUUGUUAUAUGCAGGACUUAAUCGACAUGGUCAAUAAAGCUAUUGUUAUUUGAAGAGAAAAGAAUCGUUAUUGUAGAUGAAAAAAAGGACUUUGUAGGCCUCUGUUACUGAUUCUGAUAAGCGCUUCAAAACGAGCUAGCCAAGAGAGAGGCACCAUUGUAUAUGCCGAUAGUCUGAUAGAAGAUCAUUCACCAAUUGCACACUCAACGCAGAUAUUGUAGACAAUUCAAUUUAACGUAUGUUUAUCGAAAUAUACUCUGGAUGAUGUGGUUCACAGUCUUUGGGAACAUUUUCUUCAUGUUGGUGAAGAAAAGAUGAUAGAAGUUAUAUAACACAACCAAUAUGAUAUGUGACAUUUCGAUGCCUAUACUGUCACCUUCAUCAGACUAAUGACCAAUGUGAAGCAUACUAGCAAUGUCUUAUGUAGCGUCCGAGUUGGUAAAUGGUUCGAUCUACUAUAAAGGAUGUUUCGUCUUUAUCAUGACCUCAUUGACACCGUUCGAAAACAGUGUGACGAGAUGGUAAAAAUUAAAUUGAAUCAUUCGACUACAGUACAUCAUACCAUCUCGUACACUUGUUUGAUUCAAUUUUAUUUUACCAUCUCGUUAAAUCCUUUAGAGUAGAUAUAAUCUUUUACCAUCUCGGACACUACAUAAGACAGUACUAGUAUGCUUAAUAUUGAUCAUUAGUCAGAUGAAGGUGAAUUGCAGUCAUCGAAACGUCACACUCUUAAAUAUCAUAUUGGUUCACAGUCUGUUUGGUGAAAAGCUCUGUCACCACGCAAUUUGUAAUAACUUUUCAAAUGUCAUUAUAAGUAAUAAAUAAGUAUUUAAUAGAAUUAGGUCGAAACAUGUACCAAGUGAAGAUAAUCUUUCCAUCUUAUGACAAUUUAUCCGGUAAAAACAACUUUGAAUUUUUUAUUACAAAUUGCGUGGAUGUGCACUACAACACGACGCAAUUUGUAAUAACUUUUCAAAUGUCAUUAUAAGUAAUAGCUAAGUAUUUCUUAGAUAUAAUUAGAUCGAAACAUGUACCAAGUAAAGAUUAUCUUUCCACUAGCCCUCCACCUCUGGGUUGCGAGUUCGAAACCUACGUGGGGCAGUUGCCAGGUACUGACUGUAGGCCGGUGGUUUUUCUCCGGGCACUCCGGCUUUCCUCCACCUCCAAAACCUGGCACGUCCUUAAAUGACCCUGGCUGUUAAUAGGACGUUAAACAAAAACAAACCAAACAAACCAAACUUUCCAUCUGAUGACAAUUUAUCCGGUAAAAAUAACUUUGAAUUUUUUAUUACAAAUUGCGUCGUUAUUACAAAUUGCGUGGUGACAAAGCUCUCAUAAAAACAGGCCAAAUGUGUUCAUUAUGUUUGGAAAAGUUGAUUGUACUGUAAUGAGUGGCCUAUUGAUCAAAACUUCUUUUAUAUCUUUAAAACUUCUAUUCCACUUCUAUAUUAAACAGUGUCGUAAAA